AGUAAAAAUCACGUCAUUAUUAUAAUAUAAAAUUUAAAAUGUUAAAAUACAAAUACAAAUAAGUAGUAGUCAAACAAUUAUCAAUUCAACACAAAUUACGUCAUAUCAAUUCUGGUAUAAAAGUUAUAAAAAAAACGAGUGCUAAUAAGUAUAAUGAAUGUGUUUAUUUUACAUUAUCUAUUCUGUGAAUACCAGCUAUGUUCAUGGUGUAAACCACAGAGUAAUAAUAAUAAACCACGGUUGAAGAUAAAACUAUAGAAGAAUAUGAUGAAAUAAAUACGUGGUGACAACCAAGAUACGCAUUAUCAAUAAUUAUCAUUUAUGUAAGCAUUCGCUUUCGCUUAGUCGGCAACCGCCAACCGACCAUUACUAGUUGCCACAUUUACUAUUUUACUGUUACCCUGGCGCCACUUGUGACUUACUGACUUACGAGUUUAUGACGAUUUAUGAACUGUGGCUGUGUUUACGUAUACAGUGGAGUUUUCAAUUUUGCAUUCACAGUUCGUGGACUUUGACGAUAUGACGCUUGUGUUUUAAAUAUUUUUGUCCGAUUCUCCUCUUGUUCCAGACUAGGUAUGUUCUCCUCCGCCAGAUUAUCGGUGUUUCGGCGAAUGGUCCUCUAUCAAGAUAGAUCUAUAGUCGGACCUCAGUAAGCUACUCAGUAUUACUACAAGUCAAGUACAUGUGGUGGUAAUUUAAUGACCGAACAAAAAGAAGAAAUAGACCUAGAAAUACAAGUAGAAACUAUGCAGACCAAUCACAGCCGCAACUCUACCCUGAAAGUGAUUACUUUGGUGACGUUAACCCUUCAGAAUGCCAUGGUUGCGCUCAGUAUGCGCUAUGCGCGGACCAGGCCUGGAGACAUGUUCAUAUCAUCUACAGCUGUUGUCAUGGCCGAAGUGGUAAAACUCUCCGUUUGUCUGGUACUAGUAUAUCGAACAGAGUCUCUGUCAUGGAAACAUUUUAUAUCGAUACUAAAUAAUACAAUCAUUAAACAACCGAUAGACACGCUGAAAGUUUGUAUACCAUCUUUAGUGUAUCUAAUACAAAACAAUUUACUGUACGUCUCAACUUCAAAUUUAGAUGCAGCUACUUAUCAAGUCACAUAUCAACUUAAAAUAUUUACGACAGCCGUGUUUUCUGUGUUGAUACUGAAACGUAAACUAUUGCGACAUCAAUGGAUUGCAUUGGGAAUUUUGAUUUUAGGAGUCAUUCUUGUUCAGCUGAAUAAUUCAACUGACAAAUCUCAAAAAAUGUACCCUAAUCAAAAUCGAAUAGUCGGAUUAGUUGCUGCUCUCAUCGCUUGUUGCUUAUCUGGAUUUGCUGGGGUUUAUUUUGAAAAAAUACUGAAAGGAGCUGAAAUAUCAAUAUGGAUGCGAAAUAUCCAGUUGAGUUUUGUUUCUGUUCCGAUAGGUUUUAUCAUGUGUUUUGUUACAGACUGGAGCAAAAUCAACGAUAAUGGCUUUUUUUUUGGUUAUGACCUUUACAUAGCCUAUUUGAUAAGCUUACAAGCAGCUGGAGGCCUUAUUGUAGCAAUGGUUGUAAAAUAUGCUGAUAAUAUAUUAAAAGGAUUUGCUACAUCUUUAGCAAUUAUUGUAGCAUGUGUUUUCUCAAUGUACUUCUUUGAUUUUACAAUAAGUAUUCAGUUUGUUGUAGGUACAAUGCUUGUUAUGUGUUCAAUAUUUUUGUAUAGUUAUACCAAGCAAAAAAAAUCACCAAACCUAAAUACCACACAAAGAGCAUAAAGUUAUAUACUAAAAUUAUUAUAUUUAUUAUGACCAAACAACUUUAAAAUUUUUUAAUUUUUUUAUAAUAUGAUUGUGUAUAUUAAUAUAUUAUAA